AUCAAGUCAUCUGUUCCCUACAAGGCGCCAGCUCAGUGAACUAGCCCGGCCUGGCACACACAGAGCACCUCCGAGUCUGAACAACAGGCGUUGAAGUUAAACAAUAUUCAUAUUUAUAUUUUAGACGUGGGUAAGAGUGAACUUCAAGGGGAGAAUCUUGAGGUUUACUCUGAAACUGACACAUACACCUCUGAGUAUAAUGCGAGGAAAACGGGAAGAGACAGAACCAAAGUCUGUUGCUCCCGAGGCGCCCAAGGAAAAUACAGUUCGGCCGAGAAAGAGGAAGGCAGAUGUUGCCAUUUAUUUGCAAGAUCUGGAUGAGGAGGUAGCAGAGAUGACGAAGAAGAAGCAGCGUGACUGUGAGCUGGGCUGGAGUCCUGAUGCUUGUUACACAAGUCCACACAGGUGGAUCCCCACACCUGAUCAGGAAGAAGACCAACCAGUUGCCCUGAUAAACACAUGCUUCCCCCACUACAACUUUAACAACAUAUUUGUAACCCCUGUGCAUUGCACCCCACUUCCUGCGCUGUGCUGGGCCAGUAAGGAUGUGGUAUGGAACAACAUGUUGGAGAAGGAUAAGACCUACACCAGGGACGUCCACAUGAUGGAGAAGCAUCCUCAUCUGCAGCCCAAGAUGAGGGCAGUUCUCCUGGACUGGCUCAUGGAGGUGAGUGAGGUGUACAAACUGCACAGGGAGACAUACCACCUCGCUCAGGACUACUUUGAUCGCUUCAUGGCCACACAGAGAAACGUCUUCAAAUCAACGCUGCAGCUAAUAGGCAUCACCUGUCUCUUCAUCGCUGCCAAAGUAGAGGAGAUGUAUCCUCCCAAGGUCCACCAGUUUGCCUAUGUUACAGAUGAAGCCUGCACUGAAGAUGAGAUUCUCAGUAUGGAAGUCAUUAUUAUGAAGGAGCUGAAGUGGAGUCUCAGCCCACAGACUCCCAUCUCCUGGCUCAAUGUUUACAUGCAGGUGGCCUACCUGAAAGAGACAGACGAGUUGCUCAUCCCCAGAUACCCCCAGGCUACCUUCACACAGAUUGCAGAGUUGUUGGACCUGUGUAUGCUAGAUGUGCGUUGCCUUGAGUUUUCCAAUGGCAUCCUUGCUGCUUCAGCCCUGUUUCACUUCUCCUCUCUGGAGCUGGUGGAAAACGUCUCAGCUCUGAAGAGGGUGGAGGUAGAGGAAUGCGUGAGAUGGAUGGUACCAUUCGCCAUGGUGCUGCGGGAGGUUGGUGGGUCGCCUAUGAAAACAUUCACAGGAAUCCCUGCAGAUGACAUGCACAACAUCCAGACCCAUGUCCCCUACCUUGCAUGGCUGGACAAGGCCUACUCUUACCAUGAUGUGGAGUUGGAGCAUCACAGCAACUGUCCUGUCCCUUCAGGCGUCCUGACUCCACCCCUGAGCAGUGAGAAAACUGAAGAGUUGGUCCGAGUGGAUGCAGCUGUGCUGAAAAUCAGACAGAGGAUGCGUACUCACCACCACAGCAGUACUUUCCAAAGAAGCGAAGCAAACACUGAAACUGACAAGACAACAGUAAAUCCUAAUUAGACUUUUACAUUAUAGCUGAAAGGAAAAACAACUGUGUUGACCAGUACACAUGAACAAUAGAGUUUCAGUGGGGAAACAUUAUUGGAAAUUGUAUUUUCUCCUUUCAAAGUCAUGCUGAUUACUUGGACCCAGAUGCUUUUUAAAUGUCUGUUGUGGGUGCACACACUGACUAAAUUUGCUAAACGCUGAUACACAAUGAGCAAAUAGUUUCCCCACUGGAAUCUUAUCUAUUUAACCCUCCAGUUUGGAUGAAAACACAAAGCAAAGGGUUGUUAGGGAUGGGACAGCUCAAGAGGAAAUUUUUGUUUUUGAAUAGCAUUGCACCCAAAUGCUUGCAUUAAUUUUCAACCACACCUACAUUUAGUGGUUGUCAUUUUUUAUUUUCUAUGCAGAGGCCAAAUUGAAUGGACAUUUUGUGGAGUUUCUACUUGACGUAGUGUUUGUUUGUUUUUAAUCUAUUAGUGGCCUCAUUUGCCCAAAAACUAUUCCUAGGGUCAUGUUUGGCUCUAUGUGCUGCUAUAAAAGUGGGCUUUGCAUGAUGGAGUGUGUGUGUGUGUGUGUGUGUGUGUGUGUGAGAGAGAGAGAGAGAGAGAGGUAGUGUGUUUUUUGUUUCUACUCUUGUCAUUUUAUUGGACAAAACAUGGCCAUGUUUUGCUUAGGGACCAGUAGCUUGGCUACCUAAAUGGACAAGUGAACCAGCCAGGCUUCAGAAGCUAAAAUAUUGAUUGUAUUUAACUUUUUAUUUUUAUCCCAACCUGCGGUUUGUUUCCCCACCACCAAAAUGUAAGAUUUCUAUUUUACUUUUUAAAAUAAAAUGCUGCUACAUAUUUUCCAUUAAAGA